AUGCCUCCUCCUCCACGACCCAUCUCCAAGAACCCCUUUGCUGAUGCUCUCUAUAGCAAUGCUUCUCCUGCCUCCUCAAAUCGCCAUCGAUCCUACUCCCAUAGCUCUAUUGAAAGCUUCUCGCCUGACGACAAUAUAUUCGAUCACCUUGAUAACGAUUUGCCUCCUUCUUAUGACGAAGUUGCUGGCAGUACUUAUAGAAAAAACUCUUAUCCUUCUGAAAAGAACGACUAUCCCUCCUCUCAAACAAACCAUAAAAACUAUAAUUCAAGAUCAAGAUCAAGCUCAUCUUCAAGCUCAACAAACCAUUCCAGAAACCACUCUGGAAACACCUCCAGAAACCCAACAAGAACCCUCCCAUUACCUACCAUACCUUCCAGGCAGCAUAGAUCAAAUAGCGAUUCAAAAAUACCUGAUCCCAUUAAGGAAAGAUCUAAAAAAAAUCCAAAAAAUAAAAACGCAGGCGUUGAUACUAUAGAUCGUUUAGAUGUUUCGGGUUUAUUCGGUGCAAAAUUUCAUCACGAUGGUCCCUUUGAUGCUUGUACUCCUCACCGAAACAAAAAUACUAAAGUAGCUCCAGUCGCUGCUUUCCCAAUAGAUGGUCCAAACUCAACUAUCAAAGGUUUAGGUCCAAAUAACACAAAAGAUCAAGCAAUCGAUAUAGUAAUGGGCAAUGGAACCAUAGAUGACGAUGACACUUCAAUUUUUGCUCGCAGUAAACCUCUUUCUCCAAAGGAACGAUAUGCAGCUUUAAAAAGCAAUGACUCAGUUGUUGCUUUUGAUGCAAAAGCAAAAGCCAUUCCUGUUCAUGGUGCAACUACAAUGGGUUUAGGCUCCUCCACUUUUCUCGACGGUGCUCCUGCUUCUCAAAAGGCUGCUCAAGAAAAUUUCAGUAAUGGCUCUGCUUUAACCAGAAAGAAAACUCUAUCAAGAAAAUUUAGAGGUAAUAAUAACAGUAUUAGCAACCCUGCUACUACUACUACUAUACCUCCUAGACCUCCCGUUCCUCCAAGGCCACAACUUCCUUCUGACUCCUUUUAUAAUGAUGAUUUUGAUCAAAAAUCAGGCUUGUUAAAUAGAGUCAAAACUUUGAAACUUAACCGUUGAUCUUCAAAUGAAUCAAUUUCAAUUUAUAACAAAUAAAAUAUGAAAAAGUCUUUUUGUCACAAUAUUUUUUUCAAUUUUGUUUUGUUUUCUUUAUUUUUUCAAUAUUUAUUAGAAUUGUUUGUUUUUUUUUCAAUAAUUAUUUGUUUUAUUUUAGAAUUUUAAGUAUUUGAGAUUUAAUUUAUAUUUUUGAUAAUAGUUUGUUUUUUGGUCUUUUGGAGCUCCAUCAUUUUUUUUAUUUUGAUUUUAC